AUGAUUGAAAACUAUUCCGACUUUGCUUUCACCGUUGCCUUAUUACUGAGGAGAACAUUUGCGGUCUACCCUGAGAAUAUUCCUGGAUACACGGGAGACAUGGCUGAAAAUGACAUCCGAUGCUUUAUAGAGGCUUCUAUCUCACUUCAAGACAACGUUCCCCCUGACUUGAAAUCGCUAUCACAUUUUCAGUGGCGUGCGCUUGUUCGAGAUUUGAAAAUGGUAUACAGAAUGCGUCCAUUACUAUUACAAUCUCUCAAAAAUCACCCUGGAAGUCUAGGUGCUGUAUUGACAGAUAUUUGGGCACAAAACACACUUUUUCUGGGGCAAAUGUCCAACCUUCAGCUUCUAGGCGGCGACGAAUGGGCCCAACUCGUGAUAAACCCGACGAAUCAGACCAAAAGACAAGUUGUGCAUUUUCAUUUCCUUGAAGGACAUUUACUUGUCGACGGCGAACCAUUAGCAACACUCCCCGCAAACUACAGAAACGCCGUGAUCCUCGACCGUCUGUUUGGAAACCAAAGGCUUCAGGUCUACCCUUCAUCGCUCCAUGGAAUGUCAUACGUCCUUCCAUUUGAAGUUAAGAAGCAAAGAAUCCAUAUUGGCUUCCGUGAUGGUAAACCCUUUGUUCGAGCUGAGAGUAGGCGCACGCUUUACGAAUUCCUCCCUUAUGAAAUAUUCGGGGACAGGAGAAGCUUUGACCUCCCUGGCUCCUUGGUUGAAAAUUGCAUUCACUGGCUUGAUCUAAAUUCUGGGACUAUCAAAAUCAGGAGAAAACCCGAUAUAUGGUACGAUAAGGACAGUUACUGGGAAGUCGACUUCUACAAACGGAAAGCUCGUCGCCGCACAGUCACUCUAAUUGAUCCCCAUAGCCAGUUAUUCCGUCUUAUUGCCAACGUGUUUGAUGGAUUUGAGCACCCCGGAUACAUCACCAUAUAUCAGCCUGCAUCGAAAAACUUAUCCGUGGAGUUACGCCGCUUGGAACUCGACUUCAUCGUUACUAAAAGCGGGCUACUUAGAUGCAAGCAGCUAAAUGCGUUAAUCGACAUGAAUCAAGAUGCAGGCACAUGGUAUGGGUUGAAAAGCAAGCUUGUGCUACGCGACGUGAUUGAUAAUGAACAGCGCAGCAUCAUUGUCCCCAUGGGCCCUCUGCAAUGUACGAAAAACGGGAUCCACGUUAGUAUCUUUGCUGAAAACCUUGGAACUUAUGGCCGGUUCUUCAUAAAUACAUCCCUUGGAAGACUAGAUUGCCCAGUCGAACCAUGGACGUUAUAUGCCAAAGCUCAGUUUCAUGCAUAUACCUCUUUUGUUUUACCGGAUGAGCUGACGGGGCGUACUGGAACAGAAGAAGCGGUUCACUGUCUAAAGUCAGGCUACAGCCAGCCGUGGACUACGUUGAACCCCGGCCCGCUUGGGACUCUUCAAACUAUUGCACUUCUGGCCCCAGGCAGGGUUUAUUAUCCUCCUGGUUCCAAGACUGUUCAGCACACAACAUGGAAUGAGAAUCUAACACCAUGGAUUCAACACGAAAUAUUUUCAUCUCUGGUUGAGAAGAUUCUUGAAACAGAAAGAACGUUAAGGCAAUUCGGUAACAAAGACAUCGAUCAACCGGAAGUUCGGCCUGCCAGUGAUGAUUUUUUGAUGAUUCGGGCAUAUAGGAGGGGGAAUACCUACCAGCGGCCGAACGCUGGCUUUGACGAUCUACCAGUUGUGAAAGAUGAAAUUUACAAACCGAGAGAUCGAUUCCAGGGAAGUCGAAGUCGUUCUAAUGUUUUCGAAAUAAGCAGUUUGGUGAAAAACUGGUCAACAAACACAGGGCCUCAUGCUGAUUUAAUCCGAAGGAUGGAAUCCUGGCCUACAAUUGGAGGUUAUAGUACAGUUUUCGACAAGGUACUCCUCAGCGAUAUGCUUGACAUUCAGUUUGACGAGUCAUGGGGCUCCAUCGUCAAUUUUUGCCGUGAUUCGGAGGAGAAAAAUAAAUACCAUCUCAUGAUGACGAUGGCUCUUAUGUCGUUUUCCAACUCCGCCGACAUGGAAAUCAUACGCACUUUGCUACUUUUCGCCACUAUUCCAAGCCUAAAGUCCCUGACACCGCCAAAUUGGAUUCAUUAUAAACAUUUUUGUUAUAAUCAACAACCUAGUGUGGUGUACCUGAGAAGACUGAUUAAUAAUUGCUGUGCUCCAUACGCUGGGGACGAGCGGGGAUUUUUACCGCUUAACGUCAAGACUAGAAAGAGAUUUGAAGCUGCUGAAAAAGAGCACGAGAAACGAGUUGAAGCGAAUGCAAUCGCAUUUUCAGAGUAUAUCUUUGCUCAAUGGCCUUGCCUUGAGCCAAGAAUCCAGGGAAUGCCCGAUUUUCCGCUUUUAAAUGUCCAGCUAGCCUUAAAGAUCAUUCUCCCUGAUUGGUCUCGGCUAUUCCAGAAUUCAGAACUUUCUAACUAUCUUGCCAAAGUUCAAGCCACUUUGGUUUCUGGUAACUUUGGAAAGUUUGAGCAAUUUGACUGUUGUAUAAAAUCCACGAGUACUGAAAUAUUUCCCACCGGGUUUCGAGGACAGGAUAUCCCCACACUUACGGGUAAUCUGCUACGCAAAGCUUGCACGCUUUAUACCCAUGAAUCCCAUCCUACAAAAAAUGCCAUUACUACCUACAAGGCCUCCCGGGAGGAGGGAAUCAGACGUGUUUUUACCGGCUCUGACAAUCCAACAAGUCUUCCAUCACAAAGCUCAGGCUUUACACACAUUCUCGAUCUGGAGGAAAUAAUUGGGAAAAUCAAAGAUUCUCCCUCAUUGGUUAGACAGCAAUACGGGCAUGACCUGAUGACCAGCCUUGAGGCAUUGAGAAGUGUAAAAAGCGCUAAUGAUAUACCAAUUGGUGAAGAGUUUGAUGAAUCCACAAUUUAUACAAAUAUUGGGUCAGCAACACAAAAGGUUGAAUCCCAUGCCGAACACCUCAGGUCGGCCCUCAAUAAAAAUGAUUUGCGCUUCCGCUGGCUACAUCCCGCAGGUCUAUGGCCUUGCAUGACAAUGGUUAGCCUCCUUGAGCCCCUUCGUUCCACCUUCAAAGGAGAAUUUGGAGCUGGGAUGAAAGAAAGCCUUAUCGCACUAGCAGUCGAAAUUAUUCACAGACAACGCUUUCUUAGAAUUAAGGAUGCAUACUUGCGAAGAAAGUAUAAGGUACUUGGAGAGGAAAAAAAUUGUAUUCCUCAUUCCAACUGGGAUCCUUCACUUCAUCCAGAUUGGCUGCUAUUUCAAAUUGAUGCCGAUAUUUGUAUCAGGCCUAACCAAGUUGAGGUUGCACAUGCAACAAUUGCUCCAUCUUCGCACGCAAAUUCUGUUUUGCAGAUGAACAUGGGUCAAGGUAAGAACUCCCGCGUCGGGAUAGAACAGCUUCGGCUCUUAAUUCUUGAGGAAUAA